AUGAAUAGUAAGUUUGAUGUUGGCUUUAUCUUAAUUUAUGUUUAAUACAUUGAACUUUGACUAUGUGUUGCAAAUGUAUGUUGAUAUUGUUUACAAACAUAUAUUAUACAUGACACUUUAACGUCUUUUUGAAUUAUUUUUAAAAAACGGCUGUCACCAGUUCAUGUGAUGUUUCAAGUGGACGAUAACACGUUGUUAACACAACUCUGCCAUCAAUCAAACUUUACCUCCGAAAAGCCGAUCGUAUCUCCGACUUCUAGAAUGUCCUUGGCUACUUUUAUUUUUAGUUUUUGUUAAUUGUUUUGCUACUACAUAACAGUGUAUUUCUGUUCUUAAUUCACUGUAUAUUAAAGCUGUGAUACUGUAAUUUUAAAAAAGUCGCUUACUAUAAUUUCUGUGCUUUUUUUGUACUAUAAUCUAUCUUUUUGUCAAAUUUUUAGUACAAAAAAGAGUUUGUAGUAGUACUGUAUUACUCUUUCAGUCAUGCCAGACCAAACAAAGACAGCUCCGACCCAAUCCUGGUCGGAGAUGUACCACUUGUGGCCCAAGUGGACCUUCUUUAUCAUAGCUCAAGAGUUCUUUGAAAGAUUCUCUUACUACGGUAUUAUGAAUACAUUGAUGUUGUACUUUUUGAAUGUGGUCAACUUCCAAAGGAGAGACGCUGUCAUAGCUACACAACUGUUCUCUAUCACAUGUUACACAUCUCCCUUCUUGGGGUCCAUCUUGGCUGAUGGUUACAUUGGCAAGUUCAAGUUAGGUUUUGUGGAUAUUUGCUACUUUUGACUAUCAAUACUUAUUUAAAGCUGUUUUGCUUCUUACUGUAGGUUUAAAAGUUUUUACAAAGAUAUUAAGCUGCUGCCUACAACAAUAUAAAAACAUAAAAUACAUGUUUAUAUUUAGAACGAUAUUAUCACUGUCGAUAGUGUACACGAUAGGCCAGUUCUUGUUGACGUAUUCAUCGACCAACAAUGAAGGCACUUCCUUCCAUCCUUCUGUCGAUCUCUUGGCUCUGUUUAUCAUUGGAAUUGGCACUGGAGGUAUCAAGCCUUGUGUCAGCACAUUUGGCGGAGACCAGUUCGAUCCCAAACAACUGAUAAUGAUCUCUCUCUUCUUCUCCAUCUUCUACUUCACCAUCAACGUGGGUGCCUUCUUGACCUUUCUCUUAUCGCCCAUUCUUCGAAGUAGGUAGAUUUUUAACAUUACUUUGGUUUUAUCAUAGAACAUUAGUAAAAUUAAGAUAUUAGAUAACAUAAAAUCUACUAAAACAUCAGUUUAUAUAAAACAUAUGAAGAGUUAAGACUAUGAACUUCAGCUUUGCCAUGUUUGGGAAAAGACUCAUGUUAUCCAUUAUGCUUUGGUGUUCCGACUAUUUUGAUGACAAUAGCUACAGUACUCUUCGCUUUCGGUUCUGUAUAUUAUGUGAAAAAGCCUCCUAGUAACAAUGUCUUCAAACAAGUGUACGAUACAAUUAAAGUAUGUUACCUAUCUUUUUUAUGUUUUUAUAAGAAAUUCAGGGAUAACAUAUGCCAAGCUUUUGGAUACUUUUGUUAAAAUAAAAUGAAAGUUUAGAACGCCAUAAGUAACUACCGUAGAUCGACUCACAAGCAGGGUCGUUUCUUGGAUUACUCGCUAGAUGAACAUAACUGUGACAAAGAUAAAGAUUGCCAAAAGACGAGAGCUAAUGGUUCUACUGGGUAUUGCGCCAAAGUAAGUUAGUCAUAUAACUAAAAAUUUGUACCUACUACUUUAAUACUGGAUAUGACAGGUAAUAAUAAUUUUCAGAAAGUUCUAGUAGCUGACAUUCGUACUGUGAUCAAAGUGUUGAUAAUCUUCAUACCCGCAGGCAUUUACUUUUCUUUGAAUGCGAUGAGAAGUGCCAAAUGGAUUCUACAGGCUUUGGAAAUGAAUCCAAACAUCACAGACACCUUCCAGAUACUGCCAGACCAACUGAGUGUCAUAUACCCAUUACUGGUACUGGUACUAAUUCCGUUUUUAAAUGGUAUUGUCUAUCCGACAGUUGACAAAGUGGUGAAAGUAACGUAAGUUCAAAAAAAAUGCGAUGACAUAGUAAGUUAGAAGUAAUACAGAUUAAUAUAGCUAUGUUUCGUUUUGUAGUUUUUUUUAUUUUAUCUGUUUAUAAUGGUUUUUAAAUUAGAUUUUAGGCCGCUAAGAAAGAUGGUAGCUGGCACAAUCGUAGCUGGCUUUGCUUUCUGGAUUGCAGCAGCAGUUCAAACCAGAAUUGACGUAAGUUACUUAUAGUUUUAUGUUCCAUAGUAUAAAAGAUAACAUACUGAAAAAUAACUUUCGAAUUCAUAAUACUAUAAAAGACUAAACUUUUUGAACUUUAGGCUUAUUCAACACCGUUACCAGGGCCAGAACAAUCAUUUGUCACUUUUACAACAAACGUACCAAACUGUGACAUUACUGUAAACUCAACAAAUGGCGUUUUGAAAGUGCCAUUUCAAAAUGUAAGCUAAAUUUUGACUUUAAUUUUACUUUUUUUUAGUUUUAACAAUUUUAAACGGCAAAUUAUACUUAAAAACCAGUUUAGUAUUGCAAUUUUUUACAAUUUCAGGCAUUUAUGGACACUUCUUUACCAGAAUCGUUUCUUCAUUAUGUGCCAGGAGAGAACCAGAUAGAAUUAUCUUACAGUGGAGUAAACUGCAAAUUAAAUGGAUUUCAAGUGCACACCUUACAACUAUUUCAAAAAAGAAUGUACAAUAUCUUGAUAACACCAAACGGACUUUUAAAAGUUGAAUUGGAUCCUAGAAAGUCUACACAAGCUACUGGGGCUUUCAGUCAAGCGUAAGUUUACUGUAAAAGGGGCAUACUGUAUACAUAAUUGAGGUUAUAUAUAUUAUAUUACGAUAACUUUUAUUAUUUUUAAUUUAAAGAUAAUUCUUUUCAAUGAAGUUUGCAGAUAUAUUGUACUAAACCUUCAAAAUGUGUCACUAGCCCUGUGUCGUCAGAAGUUGUCUUCAGAACUAACUGAUUGUAACCCAUCUCAGCCUAAUGAUUACUAUCCUUUUAAACCAGUCAUUGAUAACCAACAAGCCUCUAUGGCCACACAAUUCCAGAAGUUAUUCGUAAAGCAAGGACGAUGGCAUUUGUUCACCGUUCACGGCGCAGAACAUCGGCCGACAAAGCACGGAUUCUUGAGAUACCGUGCUGGAGGGGUUUACAUUACAUUCCUGGAGUUGGAUGGUAAUGGAGAAGCUAUCAACGUAUCUACCAUGGAAUAUGUCAAGGAUAAUCAAGUGCAUUUACUGUGGCAGGUUCCUCAGAUAUUCUUGAGUGUUCUGGCCGAAUGUCUGUUCCAAAUUACUGGCAAUGAGUUCGCUUUCACGCAGGCUGCGCCCUCGAUGAAGGCUAUUAUUCAAGUAAGAUUUUUACUUUGUUUUAUUGUGGGUAACAUAAAAUAAGGUAAAGUCAACUUUGCAAAAGUAAAUGUUCAAAACAACUUCAUUUUCAGGCUUUUUGGUUGUCAGCAAUAGCCUUUGGAGAUGUCGUAGUGAUAAUAAUCGAAAAGCUUGGUAUCUUCUCCAAAGAACAACUGUCAGUUUGGGAACUGUUGUUCUACGCAACGAUGGUACAUCUGGAUGCCAUUAUAUUAGCCUAUCUUGCCAACUUCCAUUACACGUAUCGUGUAGACUAUUCAGAAUCCAAAAGGAAACAGUCCAAGGCUCAGAGGAAGAUCAGUCGGAACGAUGCCAUUUCAAUGGGUAUGAUCGCUUUUCCCAUGGAAAACGACAAUGGUAUUCUGGAGGAGGACGAACAUACGACGAUCAGAGAGAAAGUAAAGCUAGAGGAGGGGUGUUAA